AUGUUCAAGUUACUAGAUUUACCUGAUGAACUUUUCUGUGAAAUUUUACGAUAUUUGAGUGCGUUCGACGCUCUGUUUGGUUUCUUGAAUCUUAAUUCUCGUCUCAAUCGUUUGUUGUCACCUUUCACUCGACAAAUCGACUUUACAUCCGUAUCUUAUGAACAAUUUUUACAUUAUUUCAAUGAUAUUUUACCUGUGAUAAGUAAACAAGGACGGUUGUAUGCUCUGAAAUUAGGUGAUCGGCGAACACCAGGUCAGAUUGAAUUGUUUAAUCGAAUGAUAACCAGUAACAAUCGUAAUUACAUCACCGACAUUGACCGAGUUUUUGUUGAAGCUCCUUCUUUAGAACAUUUUGGUCAUUUCAUUGAUGGUUAUUUACGAACCCUACCAAGAUUACGCAUACUUUCCAUCGAAACCGAAACAUUAUGUGAUUCGGACUUUCCCAAAUGGACAAAAGUCAUUCUCAACUCGAUCCUUCCCAUUCCAUCUUUAACGAAACUGUCCAUCCGCACACCGGUCGGACCAAGUCUUUCGCGUCUUCCCGAUACGAUGAUGCUAACUUCUCUAACUCAUUUGACUUUGCAUGUUUCAGCUGUAACCGAUCUGGUCAUUCUUAUAAAACGUACACCGAAUUUGGAACAGCUUUCCAUACGAAUGGGUUGGUGGACAAGUGGCGAUCGUACAUUAGUGAAAAUUCUUGAUGAGAUGCGCUCGGAUCACUGUCGAACGUCGUUUCUACCUAAACUUAGGCGAUUUUCCUUGACGAUCGAUUCGAUAAUAUCGUUUCAACACGAACAUUUGCAACAAGUACUAUUCCGAAUAUUGAACGAGCACGUCACAUCUUCUUUUUCAUUCAUAUUACGAAGUUGUAUAAAAAAUGACAAAGAUUCCACAGUGCAACUACUCGACGGUCAGUUAUGGCAACAACUGUUAUCUCCAUAUUCACAUUUGAGAAAAUUUGAUCUGUUUAUUCGAAUAUCCGAUUCGAAUAAUGCUGAUCAACAAGAAGAUUAUUCAAAAACGUUUCAAAGUCCAUUCUUUCGUGAGAAAAAAUGGUUUUUCUCUUAUUUAAAACCUUCCCGUCAAAACGAUAAUAUUCUCUAUUCAAUUGCAAAUAAAACUAUCGAAUUAUUUGAUAUAUCAUUAAAUCCUCCAGAGAAAUUUCAUCAUUUUCCUAUGAAUUAUGCACCACAUCUGGCCAUCGAUCAAACUGACACUCGAUAUCACGCAUUAGAUCAAUCGAAUUUCUAUCAUGUACUAAAUCAUUUUCCAUUUCUUCAACAAUUAACUCUUACCGAUGUGAAACUCGACGCUCCAGUUAUCUUACCAGUCAAUACUCUAUCAUUAUAUUCCUUAAAAAUCGAAAAAACUCAGAGGAUUCUCCCACAACUGUUGUUUUCAAUAUUUCCCUUGGUCAACACAUUGUCGAUAUCUUUUCCCGUGUUUGACGAUCAAAACGAGAUAUUCAAUUUGCAAUAUAAUCAAAUGAAAGACUUAUCAUUAUUCAAUAUACAUCCGGAGCGCAUAAAACGAGUUUUAUUAUUCUUAAAUCAAUUUCCUAACAUCAGUUUUCUUCAUCUUCGUCUAUGCAAUCGCCGUUUCAAUGAUGAUUCUUUACUAAACCAAGUCAAAGACAUCCUUCGCCAACAUUCUUCACUUAUUUCAGUCAAACUGGAAUUCGAUCGAGAUUUUUCUGUGCCAAUCAAUUGGACGAUUGAAUUUCCUGACCGAGUGAAAAUGUUUCUGAGCAACAAGACUUUCGACGGCGUCCUUUAUCAUCUAUGGUUUUGA